UCAUGUAAAAGUAGGCUUCUAUCAUAUUAACAACUUUCAAACAUUAACUAGAAUAAUUAAUAUCAAAAUUUCAGUGUUUCAAACUAAAACAGUAUACUGAUGAAAAAAUGUGUGAAGAAAACUGGACGAAAAUAAUCAUUCCUAGUGGCACUGUCGACCCUAGCAAAAAUGCUAUCAUCGAAAUUCCAAUAAACUUAAAAGGAUCAAAAGUGGUGGUGGCAAAAAGUACGGCAGGAGGUGGAGCUGAUGCAUCGGACGGAAAUGGUUCAGCACAAGCAACAGUGGAAACUGAACUGGAAAUAAUGUCAGAGAAGGAACAAGAAAUGAUAGAAUCGAUCCUAGGUUACGAAGAAGAAAGGGAAAGAUUAGUCAUAGCACCAGUUCGUCAAAGGUAUCAACUAGUGGACCAAAUGGAACUCGUCGAAACGGGGGUCAUUAGAAAAGAUAUUAGCGAUUUUCAACAUGCCCGACGUAAGCUAGUUUUUGACGUUCAUGGUAUAAUUUCAACACUUCCUGACAUAAAUAAAGUGAUGAGUAGAUUUUAAACGAUGCUGUCAUAACUAGAUGAAAGGUGACCAUUUUUAUGUGCAGAUAAUGUAAAGAAUAUAAACGAAACUUGAAACAACAAAUAGAUACUGAUCAUACUUAAUAACUUUAUUGCAAUAAUUGCAACAAAUAGUUACAUUUUUGGUGUACUUAUAUAAUCCGAUAUUUAUCUGUAAUAAUGUUUAACCAAUAAAUUUUACUACAAGGCUUA